AUGGCGGCGGAGCGGCAGGUGACCGGCGGUGGCGGCGGCCGCCGGGGGGGAGGCGGCGGCGGCGGGAGCAGCGGCGGCGGGGCCGGCCCGGAGGAGAACAAGGAGAAUGAGAAGCCCGCGGGGGCGAAGGCGGGGAGCCUCGGGGACAGCCUGGGCCUGGAGAUUCUUCAGAUUAUUAAGGAAUCCCAACAGCAGCAUGGUUUACGGCACGGAGAUUUCCAGAGAUACAGGGGUUAUUGCUCCCGCAGGCUAAGACGACUCCGAAAAACUCUUAGCUUCAAGAUGGGAAAUAGACACAAGUUCACAGGGAAGAAAGUAACGGAGGAGAUUCUCUCUGACAACAGGUACUUGCUGUUGAUACUGAUGGAUGCAGAGAGAGCCUGGAGCUAUGCAAUGCAGCUUAAGCAGGAAGCCAACACAGAACCCCGCAAGCGAUUUCAUUUGCUUUCUCGUCUGCGCAAAGCCGUGAAACACGCUGAAGAGCUCGAGCGCCUGUGUGAAAGCAAUCGGGUGGAUGCCAAGACUAAGCUGGAAGCUCAGGCGUACAUGGCUUACCUCACAGGAAUGCUGCGCUUUGAACACCAGGAGUGGAAAGCGGCUAUGGAGGCUUUCAACAAAUGCAAGACUAUAUAUGAAAAACUGGCCAGUGCUUUCACAGAGGAACAGGCUGUGCUAUAUAAUCAGCGUGUGGAGGAGAUUUCACCCAACAUUCGCUAUUGUGCCUAUAAUAUUGGUGACCAGUCUGCUAUCAGUGAGUUAAUGCAGAUGAGACUGAGAUCUGGUGGCACAGAGGGUCUUCUUGCUGAAAAAUUAGAGUCACUGAUCACCCAGACUCGAGCAAAGCAGGCAGCUACCAUGAGUGAGGUGGAAUGGAGGGGCAGAACUGUCCCAGUGAAGAUAGACAAAGUGAGGAUCUUUUUAUUGGGGCUGGCAGAUAAUGAAGCGGCCAUUGCUCAGGCAGAAGGAGAGGAAACAAAAGAACGUCUAUUUGAGUCUUUACUCAGCGAGUGUCGAGAUGCCAUACAGGCUGUUCGGGAAGAGCUGAAACCAGACCAGAAGCAACGGGAACAUUCUCUGGAAGUGGAUUCUGGGAAAGUGUCCAAUAUCCAGUACCUUCACAGCUACCUGACGUACAUCAAGCUGUCAACAGCCAUCAAACGCAAUGAGAGCAUGGCAAAAGCUUUGCAGAAGACACUGCUGCAGGAGCAACAGUCAGAGGAUGAUGGCAAGCGUACAGCACGGCCUCAGGACCUGAUUCGCCUUUAUGACAUCAUCUUGCAGAAUCUGGUGGAACUGCCACAACUUCCUGGCCUAGAAGAGGACAAGAACUUCCAGAAGGAGAUAGGACUGAAGACACUGGUGUACAAGGCUUAUAGGUGUUUCUUCAUUGCUCAGUCCUAUGUACUGGUGAAAAAGUGGAGUGAAGCCCUUGUUUUGUAUGACAGAGUCCUGAAGUAUGCCAGUGAAGUCCAAGCCCAGGCUGGUGCUUAUAAGAACAGCUUGAAGGAGUUGCCUGAUGUCCAGGAGCUGAUCACUCAAGUGAAUGCAGAGAAAUACUCCCUGCAGGCAGCUGCUAUAUUAGAUGCAAAUGACACCCACGAGACUGAGUCUCCAUCCCAGGUCAAGGAUGGCAAGCUACUCUCUGAACGGUUUGAGACAUUCUGCCUGGAUCCCUCUCUUGUCAGCAAACAAGCCAGCCUGGUGCAUUUCCCUCCUGGGUUCCAGCCAAUCCCAUGCAAACCCUUGUUCUUUGACCUGGCCCUCAACCAUGUUGCUUUCCCACCUCUGGAGGACAAGGUGGAACAGAAAGCGAAGAGUGGUCUCACAGGAUAUAUCAAGGGCAUCUUUGGAUUCAGAAGUUAA